GGAAAGUGGUGGCGGGAGCGUGUUCAGGCCCCGGCGCGGCGUGGGCCGGGCGUGUGGGGUCCCCCAGAAGAGCAGGGUGGCCGACAUGACGGCCCGGGGUCAGAGCCCCCUCGCGCCGCUGUUGGAGACUUUGGAAGACGCUUCCGCCUCCCAUGGAGAGCAGACUGAUGCUUACCUGACCCUGACCAGUCGUAUGACUGGAGAAGAAGGAAAAGAAGUAAUUAUAGAAAUUGAGAAAAAGCUUCCUCGGCUGUACAAAGCCUUAAAGACUCACAUUUCUAAUCAAAAUUCGGAGCUGAGUAGUGCUGCCCUACAAGCCUUGGGGUUUUGCUUAUAUAAUCCCAAAAUUACUUCAGAAUUAUCAGAGGCAAAUAUUAAAGAACUGCUUUCAAAAUUGAAUGAUAUUGUUAAAAGUCCAGAUAAAAAUGUACGUACCAGGGCACUUUGGGUGAUUUCUAAGCAGACGUUUCCUACUGAUGUUGUUGGCAAAAUGGUACCCAGUAUUAUUGAUUCAUUAGAAACACUAUUUAAUAAAGGAGAAAUACAUUCUGCUGUUGUUGAUUUUGAAGCACUAAAUGUUAUUAUAAGGCUAAUUGAGCAAGCUCCAGUUCAAAUGGGAGAAGAGUCAGUGAGGUGGGCAAAAUUGGUCAUACCAUUAGUGGUUCAUUCAGCCCAAAAGGUACAUUUGCGGGGAGCAACUGCUCUGGAGAUGGGAAUGCCAUUGUUGCUUCAGAAACAGCAAGAAAUAGCAUCUAUUACGGAGCAGCUUAUGACUACUAAAUUAAUCUCAGAACUCCAAAAGCUAUUUAUGAGUAAAAAUGAGACUUAUGUGUUAAAAUUAUGGCCUUUGUUUGUUAAACUACUUGGAAAGACCUUGCAUCGAAGUGGGAGUUUCAUCAAUUCUCUGUUACAACUAGAAGAAUUAGGAUUUCGUAGUGGAGCACCCAUGGUUAAAAAAAUAGCUUUUAUUGCUUGGAAGAGUUUAAUAGAUAAUUUUGCUUUAAAUCCAGAUAUACUAUGUAGUGCCAAAAGACUGAAGUUGCUAAUGCAGCCUUUGAGUUCCAUCCAUGUAAGAACAGAAACUCUAGCAUUAACAAAACUAGAAGUUUGGUGGUAUUUGCUGAUGAGACUUGGACCUCAUCUUCCUGCUAAUUUUGAACAGGUUUGUGUGCCUCUGAUACAAAGCACGAUAAGCAUUGAUUCCAGUGCUUCACCUCCAGGCAAUUCAUCUCGUAUAGCCACUUCUUCAGGUUUAAAUCCUAUGACUCCUGUACACAAAGGUGCUUCUUCUCCUUUUGGACCCCCUAUAACUCCAAGAAUGAACUCGAGUUCCAGUUUCGGUGGAAUGGCUGCGAUUCCUUCCAUUCAACUUUUGGGGCUUGAAAUGUUGCUUCAUUUUUUAUUGGGUCCAGAAGUCUUGAGUUUUGCUAAACAAAACAGACUUGUACUGAGCCUAGAACCACUUGAAUAUACGUUAAUUAGCAGCCCUUCUUUUUUUUCCAAACAUGCAAAUACACUUAUCACUGCUGUUCGUGAUAGCUUUGUUGCAGUUGGAAAAGAUGCCUCUGAUGCAGUUGUCAUUGCUAUCUGGAAGGAACUUAUUAGCUUGGUAAAGUCAGUUACUGAAUCUGGUAACAAAAAAGAAAGACCAGGUUCUGAAGUUUUGACUUUCUUAAUAAAAUCUUUAGAAAGCGUAGUGAAGUCUGAAGUAUUUCCUGUAUCCAGAACACUGGUCCUCAUGGAAAUUACAGUUAAAGGACUUCCUCAGAAAGUAUUAGGUUCACCAGCAUAUCAGGUUGCUAAUAUGGAUAUUCUUAAUGGAACUCCAGCUUUGUUCUUAAUUCAGUUAACUUUCAGCAACCUCUUGGAAUGUGGUAUAGCAGAUGAAAGGUUUUUUCUCAAUCUUGAAACACUUGUAAGCUGUGUUCUUUCUGGUCCAACUUCACCAUUAGCUUUCAGUGACUCUGUUUUAAAUGUUAUUAAUCAAAAUAUAAAGCAUUUGGAAAAUACGGAGCAUCUCUGGAGAGUGUGGAGUAUCAUAGUCACACCGUUAACAGAAUUGAUUAAUCAGACCAAUGAAGUAAAUCAAGGUGAUGCCUUAGAACAUAAUUUUAGUGCUGUCUAUGGUGCAUUGAUUUUACCCAUAAACCAUAUAUUUUCAGUACAGAAAUUUCCUGUGGCUACUAUGAAGACCUUGCUUAGAACUUGGUCAGAAUUGUAUCGAGCUUUUGCUCGCUGUGCUGCGUUGGUGGCAACAGCAGAAGAGAAUUUAUGCUGUGAGGAACUUUGUUCCAAGAUAAUGUCCAGUUUGGAAGGUGAAGGCCUUUUGAAUUUGUUUUUCUUGGAUAGGAUUGUUCAUAUUGUUACAUUAAUGGUUGAUUGCAUAGACUUCUCUCCAUAUGAUAUUAAAUACCAGCCCAAAGUUAAAUCACCACAGAGACCUUCAGAUUGGAACAAAAAGAAGAAUGAGCCCUUAGGGAAAUUGACUUCUUUAUUUAAACUUAUUGUGAAAGUAAUCUAUUCCUUCCACACUCUGAGUUUCAAGGAAGAACAUUCUGAUACCCUCUUCGCUAUUGGCAGUUCAAUCACCAACAUUCUCUCCAGCGUACUUGGACGUAUUUCUUUGCCAUCUAUGACCCGAAAAAUAUUUGCAACUUUAACACAACCUCUGAUGUUACUUUAUGAAAACUCAAAGCUUGAUGAAGUUCCUAAAGUGUAUAGUUGUCUGAACAACAAGUUAGAAAAGCUACUAGGAGAAAUUAUUGCUUGUCUACAAUUCAGCUACACUGGAGCAUUUGACAGUGAACUUCUUGAACAACUCUCUCCAUUGUUAUGCAUAACAUUUCUGCAUAAGAAUAAACAGAUUCGAAAACAGAGUGCUCAGUUCUGGAAUGCCACAUUUGCUAAAGUGACAGUGUUGAUUUAUCCUGAUGAGUUAAAGUCAGUACUAAGACAAGCCAAACAAAAAUUUCUGCUUCUGUUGCCUGGUUUGGAAACUGUUGAAAUGGUGGAGGAAUCCAGUGAACCAUAUUCAGAUACAACAGAAAAUUCACAAUUAAAUAUGAAGAUAAGUGGUAUGGAAAGAAAAUCAAGUGGUAAAAGAGAUUCCUUAUUGGCACUAACAAAGGAUAAGAAAGAAAAUAUGAAACCACCAGCCACACCGAAAGUUGAAUCUUCAUCUCUAAAAGUAAAGAGUGAAACACUUUUAGAAGAAGAAAAGUCUACUGACUUCGUGUUUAUACCUCCAGAAGGAAAAGAUAUGAAGGAAAAAAUACUAACUGAACAUCAAAAAGAAGUGCUCAAAACAAAGAGGUGUGAUAUUCCUACCAUGUAUAAUAAUUUGGAUAUUUCACAAGAUACCUUAUUUUCUCAGUACAGUCAGGAAGAGUCUAUGGAAACUCCUACUUUAAGCAGAAAACAAAAGGAGGAUUCCAAAAUGAUGUUUGAGGAGGAACAAAUGGAGAGUGAUAAUGUCAUUCCCCAAGAUGUCACGGAAAACUGUGGUAUGGGUGAACAUCUUGAAAAGACUUCAAAUAAUGAGUGUGGUUCUGUUGGCAAAACCAGUCCAGAAAAGCUAAGUGCUAAAAAAAAUGAUUCUAGAAAAAAAGCUUUAAUUCCAUCAAAGAAAACUUCAACCGAAUGUACAUCUAGUACAGAAAAUUCUUUUGUCAGCAGUAGCUCAGUUGCUAAUGCCACUAUUUCUGGAACUUCCCCACACCCUCGGAGGCAAACUUUUAUUACGUUGGAGAAGUUUGAUGGUUCAGAAAAUAGACCUUUUAGCCCAUCCCCCUUGAAUGACAUGUCAUCAACUAUUACAGUGAAAAAUAACCAAGAAAACAUGAUUAAAACAGAUAUUCCACGAAAAGCAAAGCGAAGAGAAAUGACUCUUUCAAAAUCUGAUUCUGAAAAAGCAUCGACUGCAACUAAGAGAUCAGGCCGGAGAGUGGGUAAAGCUGAACAAGCAGGGAAUAAAAGGUAUAAGCCCAUAAUGAGAUCUGAACAGGACAAAAAUACUCAGGAAUCUAUUGAAGGCAUAGUAAUCUUAGAAAAUAACCCACCCUGUUUGGUUAAUCAAACAGAACAUACAUCAGAUAAUCAGGUUCAUCUUUCUCAAUCUGCAGUAGAGUACGAAGAUACCAAGCUUAAAUCAACAGUUGAAAAUGCUAUCACGUUGGAAAACAAUACUGUAGAAGAGAAAAAUGUAGAAAUUAAUUUGGAAUCCAAAGAAAAUACACCCCCAGUAGUAAUACCAUCAGACCAAAUGGUAAAUGAGGAUAGUCAGAGUAGCAUAACUCCAAACCAAAAAACCCUUAGGCGAUCUUCAAGGCGACGUUCAGAAAUAUCAGAAUCUACCGCUGAUAGUCAAGAUAAGGAAAACAAUCAUCAAAAAAGGGAAAGACGUAAGGAAGAAGAAAAACCUUUUCAGAAGAGUCCAUUGCAUACAAAAGAAGAUGUACUGCCUAAGCAAAAACUGAUUUGUGAACAAAUUGUACAGGAAAAUUUAAUUGAGAAAGGAAAUAAUUUACAUGAGAAGACUUUAGGGGAAACUAGUGCUAAUGCAGAAAUUGACCAAAAUAAAGGCAAGCCAGACCCUGAGAAUAUUAAGUCAGAGGGAGAUGGUGUCCAGGACAUUGCACAUAAGUCCUCUGAGAAACCAGUAAGGGGCCGAACACGGUAUCAAACAAGAAGAGCAUCUCAGGGUUUUCUUUCCAGCAUUGAAAACUCAGAAUCUGAUAGUUCUGAGGCAAAAGAAGAAGGUUCUAGAAAGAAGAGAUCUGGAAAAUGGAAGAGUAAAAGCAAUGACAGUGUUGAUGUUGAAGAUCAAGAGGAGAAAAUGGUAAAACUGGACUGUAUAAAAGCUGAAAAUCAGACACAUGAUUGUAAAGCAAGUUCUGAAGUAGACAUUAAGUCUCAGGUUUGUGAAAAAAAAGAUGAAAGUAGUACUGCAACACUUGAGGAUUCUAUAUCUUCAGAUUUACAAGUUUCUGAUGAUGGAGCAAAUAUACAUGAGAGAGAAAGUAAAACUAGCAAAUGUGAAGAAUACUGUUUUUCAAGUCCACCCCUGCCAGAAUCAAAUCUAAGGACUAGAAAUGCCAAUAAGAGAUUACAUAAGCGAGACUGUGUUGAUAACAAUAGUGUAGGAGAAUCCUCAAAAAUACAGACAUCAGACAUGUCUUUGCUUCAUGAAAAAACUCCACAAACCCUUGAAUGUCAGCAUAAGAGAAGUAGAAGGGUGAGGAGAUCUAAAGGUUGUGAUUGCUGUGGGGAAAAAUUACAACUUCAAGAGAAGUCAUUAGUUGGGUUAAAGAACACAGAAAAUUAUGAUGUGAAGAUUAGUGAAACAGCAAAGAUAGAUGUACAGGCACCAGUAACUGUAUCAGAAACUUCAAAAGCUAAUGUAUAUUCUGAAGUAAAAUUUUUAGAUGAGCACCACAGUGUGAAUUUUCAUUUGGGUCUCAAGGAGGAUAAUGAUACUAUUAAUAAUUCAUUAAUUGAAUCUGAAACUGAAAUGAAAGAAAAUACUACUAAAGAAACUCUUCCUUCCAAGAUGAUAAAUUUUAAAGAGGAAAUUUGUGAUAGGGAUUCUAGUGAAGUGAUGCCUCUUAAAAGCCAAGAGCCACCUAAUAAAAAAUUUAUAGCAGUUGGCCCUUGUUUAGGUGAUUCCAAAGAUACCUCACAGGAAUGUUCUUUAGAGACUAAAGAAGAAAAAUCAGAAAUUACCCUGAAAAGGGAUUUAAGCCUUCAGAGUGUUGUUAAUGUUGGAAAAAAUGCAUGUGAAAUAACAGAAUCCCAUCUAGAGGAAGUAGAAACCAUGCAAUUCAGUGUACAAAUUGAUAAAUCUGAAGCUAUCAUCUCUGAACAGCAGAGCGCCAAAACUGGUAUUUCUGAACCAGCAGCAACAGAGGAAAACAGUGGAAGAAGUGGUGAAUUUGAAGCAGACAUAUCUAAAGAACUGAAUGCCAAUGAAGUGGCAACUGAGAAAUUUAAUUCUGAUAAUACUAUACCUAUAGCAGUGAAUACUCAGACUGAGAUACCAGAACAAACACCAGUUGGAGAACUAGAUGGAGCAAGUGAUAUAUCUGAUGAAGGUUCAUUUGAAGAAAUGAAUGUUGAAAUGGAAAAUUAUGAACAAACAGUGAUUGAUGAGGUGAAUACUGAACCUGACCACCUCAGUGAAAGAGAAGAUGAGGAUGUAUCCAUCAAAACCUGUAGAUCUGAGGAAACUCAGAGAAAAAGACUGAAUGUAGAAAUGGACAACUUUGUUUCUGACACACUUGAAAUGAGCACUAAAGAAGAAAAGGUUGACUGUAAUAAAAUUGAAACAGAUACUGAACUUAAUACAGCUAAAGAAAUAAAAGCAGAUGACAAUCAAAUGGUAGUGGGAAAUGAUAUUUUACAGGAAGUUUGCCCUUCAGAGAGAUUGGAGGAGCCAUCGAAAUCUCUGACAUCUGAAACGGGUAUCUCUGAACUGGUAAUAGAAGAUAAUGCAUCUCCUCAAAAAUUAAGGGAACUUGAUCCUUUGCUUGCAUCAGCAAAUGACAGUCCUAGUGGCAUGCAGACACGCUGUGUCUGGUCGCCUUUGGCUUCUCCAUCCACCAGCAUUUUAAAGCGAGGACUAAAAAGGCCCCAGGAGGAAGAGAUCUCAUCACCUAUUAACAAGGUUCGCCGUGUCUCCUUUGCAGACCCGAUAUACCAAGCAGGAUUGGCAGAUGACAUUGAUAGGCGAUGCUCUGUUGUUAGGUCUCAUUCUUCAAAUAGUUCCCCCGUAGUAAAAAGUGCUAAAACUUCUCCUACUGCACAAUCUAAGCAUAAUACCACUUCAAUCAAAGGAUUUCUGUCCCCAGGAUCACGUAGCCCUAAAUUUAAGAGCUCAAAGAAGUGUUUAAUUGCAGAAAUGGCCAAAGAAUCCAUGCCAUGUCCAAUGGAAAGUGUUUACCCAGCUUUGGUGAACUGUGUGGCACCAGUUGACAUAAUUUUACCUCAGAUUACAUCAAAUAUGUGGGCAAGAGGCCUGGGACAACUCAUUAGAGCCAAGAAUAUAAAAACAAUUGGUGAUUUGAGUACUCUUACAGCAUCGGAAAUAAAAACUCUUCCUAUUCGUUCUCCAAAAGUGUCCAAUGUAAAAAGAGCUCUCAGAGUUUAUCACGAGCAGCAGGUGAAAACUCGUGGACUAGAAGAGAUUCCAGUUUUUGAUAUUUCUGAAAAAACAAUAAAUGGAAUAGAAAAUAAAUCUCUAUUUCCUGAUGAAGAAAGACUUGCCUCAGAUUUGAUUGAUCCUGUUAAUUUAGAAACCCCAUUAUCUAAAAAUCUUUUGGCACAGAUCAGCGCUCUUGCCCUUCAGCUGGAUUCAGAAGAUCUCCAUAAUUACUCAGGAAGCCAGCUGUUUGAAAUGCAUGAGAAGCUAGGUAGCAUGGCAAACUCUAUAAUAAAAAAUCUGCAGUCACGUUGGAGGUCACCAGCCCAUGAAAAUUCCAGUUAGUAUUUUCAGAGAAAAUUGGAAGUUUUUUUUCUAAACAUCACUGGAUUUCUCCAUUGAUAAAACAAGUUCUGAAAUACAGCACAAUUUCAAAGAGACUAUUUAUAAAGUUGAUAGCAUUUCAGACACUGAAAAAUAGUCACUUAUUAUGUAAGUUCAAUUUUGUAAGUUCAGUAUGUAAGAUUCCCCCCCACCCCACCUGUAUAAUGUAUUUUCUUGGCUGCUGUGCGUAGUUUUUCAAGAAAUUUAAUUAUCUUACUGAGAUGUGAAAGCAAAAACUAGAAACAAAACCAUACAUUUUAUUUUACACUUCGUUAAA